GUUCUGGAGUUCUGGAGUUCUGAGUUGUGAGUUCUGGAGUUGUGCAGUUGUCAGCUUCGACACUCUGGCUGUGUCAUGAGUCUACGAGAAAUCACUGAAAAUGUGGAGCUGGCCCGUGAGUAUGCCUUGCUGGGAAACUACAACUCGGCCAGUGUCCUCUACCAUGGACUGUUAGAGCAAAUAAAGAAGUAUAUGUACACUGUGCGGGACAGCAGCGUUCAGCAGAGAUGGCAGCAGGUGUGGCAAGAAAUCAGUGAGGAGAAUCGACAGGUUCAGGAUAUAAUGUCGACUCUGGACAAGUUUCAGCUGGACGCGACGCCUGCCAGGCCCAGUACUUACGACGACUGUGACAUCAGGCCUGUACAUGUGGAACAGAGACAUUCUCCUUGUCCUGUCAGACGUCCGGCGAACCCUUGUAAAGACAACAAACCUCCCAACAACUACCUGAGUGUGGCUAUGAGGGCCCAGCAGAGGCACUUACCUCGCGGAGCCAAUGGAGACAAAAGAAAACCACCCAAAGGCAAAGAAAAGAAGGAGGCGAAGGAAGCGAAGGAAGCCUCGGGCAAAACAAAGGAGGAUAAGAACAAAGCAGAGGUCCAGGAGAAGGAAGUGAAAAAAUUUGACGGGACAGGAUAUGACAAAGACUUGGUGGAAGCUCUGGAGAGAGACAUUAUAUCUCAGAAUCCAAAUAUUAAAUGGGACGACAUCGCAGACCUGGAAGAUGCCAAAAAACUCCUGAAAGAGGCCGUGGUGUUGCCCAUGUGGAUGCCGGCCUUUUUCAAAGGCAUACGGAGACCGUGGAAGGGUGUGCUCAUGGUGGGACCUCCUGGCACAGGGAAAACACUUCUGGCCAAAGCCGUCGCUACUGAAUGCAGAACCACAUUCUUCAACGUUUCCUCGUCUACGCUCACGUCCAAGUACAGAGGAGAGUCCGAAAAGCUUGUUCGUCUGCUUUUUGAAAUGGCACGUUUUUAUGCUCCCACCACAAUCUUCAUCGAUGAGAUCGACUCCAUGUGCAGCCGCAGAGGAACCUCAGAGGAACAUGAGGCCAGCAGGAGAGUCAAGGCAGAGCUACUGGUGCAGAUGGAUGGUGUUGGUGGAGCGUCAGAAAACGACAACCCCUCAAAGAUGGUGAUGGUCCUGGCUGCAACCAACUUCCCCUGGGACAUUGACGAAGCUCUGAGGAGACGACUGGAGAAGAGGAUCUACAUCCCUCUGCCUUCAACCAACGGCCGAGUGGAACUGCUGAGGAUCAACCUGAAGGAACUGGAGCUGGCCAGUGAUGUGGACUUGGAUAAAAUCGCAGAGCAGAUGGAGGGUUACUCAGGAGCUGAUAUCACCAAUGUGUGCAGGGACGCGUCUCUGAUGGCCAUGAGGCGACGCAUCGAGGGCCUCACACAGGAGGAGAUCCGCAACAUUUCCCGGGAUGAAAUGCACAUGCCCACCACCAUGGAGGACUUUGAGUCAAGUCUGAGAAAAGUGUCCAAGUCUGUGUCUGCGGCCGACCUGGAGAAGUAUGAGAAAUGGAUCGAGGAGUUUGGAUCGUGCUGAAAAACAACACCGACACUGGACGACCUGAUGGAGACAUCGUCUAUCGCUCCUCUUUAGUUUUUUUAAUGCAACUGUGGCUCUUAAUAUAUAUUUCAUGAUCACAACACUAACCUGAUAUUUCUAUGAAUAAAGCAACCAUAUUUAUGCAUA